AUGGCCAACACCGCUGAACGUCGAACUACCCGCUCUGCUACCAGCAAUGUUAUCACCCCCACAGCUUCAAGUUUGCCACCGGUCACCCGUCAUCGCAAGCACAGCACUGCAAAUGAAGCCAACGAAAUCAAUGUCGGGCUCGGCACAAACACUGUUCAAAAACGUACAGCACCGCGCGAGAAGUCCACUCCUUCCGCUGGAGCGUCAGCUGCUCCGAAGAUUCCAGCCUUGAAGAAAGGUGUAACACCUCAGGCUGCCGAACUCGUGGCAGAGCUUGAAUCGGCCAUGGCCAUCACACAGGCGCUGAAGACACGACCUGGACCCAAGAAGCCGCUCAGUCAGCUCGCAGCCAUCACUUUACAGCCAACUAACCCACCUUCAGCUGCACAUGCAGAGCAUGUGGUGGUGAAGCCGGCAUCGGUUGUGUCGGCUGCGGCUGCAAGACGUCGGGGAGAACAAGUCGGGCAGGUCAUGAGGGUGAGGGAGAAGGAAAGGACAACAGGAGCCAAGAACGCGAGAAGCAGCAAAGCGGCCAACAAAGCCGGCAUCAACGUCAACCCACGCGCUGCUGAGAAUGGCAAUGAUUGUGAUGUUGAAACACCGUGA